AUGUUUUUAAAAAAUAUCUUUAUUACUCUUGCUAUUGCUUUAUUAGUUGAUGCUAUUCCAACAACUUCAAAAUCAAAAAAUUCUCCUGGAUUUGUUGCUUUAAAUUUUGAUGUUAUCAAGACUCAUAAAAAUGUAACUGGUCAACAAGGAAACGGUAAAGUCACCCACAAAGUUAAUGCUGCCAAUGUUAAAAGACAAACUGUUCCAGUUACUUUAUUGAAUGAACAAGUGAGUUAUGCUUCUGAUAUUACUGUUGGUUCAAAUAAUCAAAAAUUAACUGUUGUUAUUGAUACUGGAUCAUCUGAUUUAUGGGUUCCUGAUACUGAUGUUUCAUGUCAAACUUCAUAUGAAGGUCAAGAUCCAAAUUUUUGUAAAGAUUAUGGUACUUAUUCACCAAGUUCUUCAAGUAGUUCUCAAGAUUUAAAUAAUCCUUUUAGUAUUGAAUAUGGUGAUGGAACUACAUCUCAAGGUACUUGGUAUAAAGAUACCAUUGGAUUUGGUGGGAUUUCUAUUACUAAACAAGAAUUUGCUGAUGUCACUAGUACUUCAGUUGAUCAAGGAAUUUUAGGUAUUGGUUAUCAAUCUCAUGAAGCCGAAGGUUAUUAUGAUAAUGUUCCUGUUACUUUAAAAAAGCAAGGAAUUAUUGCUAAAAAUGCUUAUUCUCUUUAUCUUAAUUCAAGACAAUCAGCUAGUGGACAAAUUAUUUUUGGUGGAGUUGAUAAUGCUAAAUAUAGUGGUUCAUUAAUUACUUUACCAACUACUUCAAAUAGUGAAUUAAGAAUUCAUUUGAAUACUGUCACGGUUGCUGGACAAUCCAUUAAUGCUGAUGUUGUUGUUUUAUUGGAUUCAGGUACUACCAUUAGUUAUUUGCAACAAGGGGUUGCUGAUCAAGUGAUUAGUGCUUUUAAUGGUCAAGAAACUUAUGAUGCUAAUGGUAAUCUUUUCUAUCUUGUUGAUUGUAAUUUAUCAGGAUCAGUUGAGUUUGCUUUUGAUAAAAAUGCCAAAAUUUCUGUUCCAGCUUCUGAAUUUACUGCUCCAUUAUAUUCUUCUGAUGGUCAAGUUUAUGAUCAAUGUCAACUUCUUUUCGGUACCAGUGAUUACAACAUUCUUGGUGAUAAUUUUUUGAGAUCAGCUUAUAUUGUUUAUGAUUUGGAUGAUAAUGAAAUUUCCUUGGCCCAAGUUAAAUACACUACUGCUUCCAACAUUGCUGCUCUCACUUAG